AUGACAUCAAAAAUCGAAUGUGUUAUUAGACAAGCAAUAACUACAUUUUCGGGUUCAUAUACAUCAAAGGCUUUUCACGAUAAUUUGAUUAAACUGAAACGCAAUGCCAAUGAAUUGGACGCACGGUCGAUUGGCUUGGAUUUUAGAUUGUUGCGAUGGGAUACAUAUGAAUUGCACAACAACCUUGAUAAAUUGUCUGGAUCCACAUUUAUACGCCGUCAUCAAGCUCCCGUUACUUACAUUGAAGUGUUUGAAGAUGAAAACGUAUCAAUCGGUGUUUUCGUGUUGAGAGAUGGUGCUAAAAUACCUUUACAUGAUCACCCUUACAUGUACGGUGUGUUAAAAGUUAUCUAUGGUAAAGUCAAAAUACAAAGUUAUACGCCCGUUCAUAAGGAUUAUAGCCAAAUAAACGACUGUAACAUUAGUGCAAUAAAACUGGCACCAAUUAUUGUUGGAGAAACGGACGAUCCGUGUGUGCUGUGCCCAGUGGAAGGAAAUAUUCAUCAAGUGGAUACCAUUGAUGGUCCAGCCGCAUUUGUUGACAUAUUAGCUCCACCAUAUAAAACUGACAUUCCGGAAGUAGGGAAUAGAUGUUGCAGGUACUUUAAAGAAGUAAAUAUAUCUAAAGAUACCAAGUUAGCUAUUAUAUCAAAUCCUAGAGAUUACUGGAGUGAUACAGCUCUAUAUACUGGACCUCAAUUUAAUAUAAAUUUUGAACAUAAAACUUAA